AUGAAGUUGACCAACUGCCUCGCCGGUCUCCUGACCGCCAUCACACAACUCGUCAACACCAAUAACUACACUCUCAGCGAAUUUGAAGAUGACUUCAAGAUCGCCAAAGACGCCCACAUCGACGCCUUCGCCCUCAACAUGGGCCUCACGGAUCCCAACACCGCCCAGUCACUCGAGAGCGCCUUCAUCGCCGCCAAGAAUGUUGGAUUCCACCUAUUCUUUUCCUUUGACUACAACGGCGGCUACCAAGGUGGCAAACCCUGGCCCAAGGAGACUAUUCUGGAAAUGGCAGACAAGUACUUCAAACUCGAUGAGUACUUCAAGUAUGCCGGCCAACCCCUUGCUUCGACAUUUGAAGGCACAGAGAACGCCGAUGAUUGGAUCGAACUCAAAAACAAGACCGAUGCCUUCUUCAUCCCCGACUGGUCCUCAGUGUCACCCGAGGAAGCACUGUCACUAGGGGGCGGCGUUGCUGAUGGACUCUUUAGCUGGAACGCCUGGCCUGCUGGCGACCAGGACAUGACUGACAAAAGUGACGCUGCGUUUGCUUGGGCCCUGAAAGGAAAGCCUUAUAUGAUGCCCGUCUCCCCCUGGUUCUACACCAACCUCCCCGGCUAUGACAAGAAUUGGGUGUGGAGAGGUGAUGAUCUCUGCUUUGUUCAAAUCAUCUCUUGGAACGACUAUGGCGAGUCCCACCACAUUGGCCCGGUUCGCACCAACGCAAUGGAAGCUUUCGAAGUCGGCAAAGCCCCCUUCAACUACGCCCUCGACCACCCCCACGACGGGUGGCGCCACUUCCUCCCUUACCUCAUCGACAGCUACAAAGCCGCCGUGGCCCCUUCCAUCAAAGACGAAGCUCUCAUGACAUGGUACCGCGGCUCGCCGGCCCUCGCCUGCAAGGACGGCGGUACCACCGUGAACACCGUCACGCAGGAUCAAAAGGUCCUGACGGCGGCCCAAGUCGUCAGCGACAAAAUCUUUUACUCGGCCCUCCUCACGUCCGGGGCUGAGAUCACCGUCUCCGUCGGAGGCAAGACGCAGAAGGGCAAUUGGACCUCGACCCCUGACGGCGGCAAGGGCGUAUACCACGGAAGCGUCCCCUUCUUGGGCACCGGCGACGUCGUCAUCACCAUGACAAAGUACGGAACCGAGAUCGCCAAGAUCGAUGGCAGGCAAAUUGCAGACGAGUGCCCCAGCGGCAUGACCAACUGGAACGCCUGGACCGGCAGCACGAAUGCCCUACACGUCGAUGAUCCGAGCCCAUCGCCCACGCAGACUGGCAAUGGUCCCAAGUCUACAGCCAGUGAUCAUGGCUCGGGGGCAUCUAACCUAUCGCAAAGCGGUUUGGUUUACGUUGUCGUUGCCCUCGCCAGCUUGGCUGUUGCUGGGGUAGUGUGA